AUGCAAAUUCGUGGUGUUAUGGUUGUGUCAAUUGCCCUAUUUUUGGGUAUUGCUGCAUUGAUUCUUCAUUUGUUAGCUAUGUGUUCACCUCGCUGGAAAAUAACUAAACGAGAUCGUGAACCAACAAUGGCACCAGUUAGUUAUGGUCUUUGGGAACGUUGUGAAUAUACAAAUUUAACAAUAAUGAAACAAGGCGUUGCACUUGGUGUUCGACCAAACGUUCGAAUCUGUCGACCAAAUCGUUAUAUGAGAUAUUCACCAGAAGAUUUUGAAAAAUGUUAUUAUAUUCGUCGUAAUUGUCCAGUUGUUGAAAAAUCAGAAUUACCUACAGAAUGUUCAUGUCGAUAUUUACCAUCAGCAAGAGCUUUACAAUGGUUAACCAUCUUAUCUGCAGUUUUUCUUGUUUUUGGUUUACUUUUACUCUAUUUAAAAACAAUUACAUCACCACAAAAUGAAAGUGCAAACAUGGUACUUAGUUUUGGUCCAUUCGUUUGUUUCAUUUUAGUAUUACUUUUAAUGAUUACAACAUUAAUUGUUGUUGGUGCUUAUCUUCGACGAGAUACGUAUGAAGAUUAUACAUUUCCAUUAACAACUGUAUCAAAUAAUACACAACAUUUACAAGGUUUCGAUUUACAUAGUCUUCGAAAUUAUGCUAAAUUUCACCAAUCAACAUUUUCUAAUGAUCAAUUUGCUGCUGCUAAAAAUGAAUUAUUUCUAGAUGCUAAUACACAUUAUCAUACAAAUAUUGGAUGGGCUACUGGUUUUGAAAUAAUUGCAACGGUAUUAAUAUUUCUUGUUACUGCUGUUACAUUUUUACUUGGAACAAUAUCAAGAUCAGAAAAUAAUUAG